AUGAAGACGAAAAACAGACCUCUAUAUCUGAUCGUCACCGAUCCAGCGAUCACCCUGGACUAUUUGAACAGGAAUGUAAGAGUCAUCUCCAAUACUCGAAUCACUUGGGAGCUACGAAGAUCAGUAAAAAUGAUCAUACAAUGCCAUAAUUGUCAGUUGUGGGGGCAUGCAACUAGUAAUUGUGGACGGGCCUCCAGAUGCUUGAAAUGCGCCGGGGAUCACCACACUAGAGCCUGUCUCAAGACCAGAGAGACUCCAGCGAACUGUGCAAACUGCGGUGGUGAUCACCCCGCGAAUUACUCGAAAUGCCCAAAUUAUGUGGAAAGAAUCGAGCGACUGGAACUCAAAAAAGCAAAAAGUGAACCCAAAAAAUACUCUCAGGCACCUCCACCCAAAGUAAAUGCCUGGAAAGAGAGAGAAACAAAUAGACCAAGCAGAGAACAUUUUCCAGCAUUACCGAAUAGAGGCCAGAACCAGAAUUCGGCACCACCCCAACCUUCCCAACCCAGAACUUCAGCCCCAAGAGCAGGAGACGGUUUCAACGAACUAAAUGCAGAACUCGAUGAAUUAAAUAGGUUGGUAAAUCUUUCAGAAUUGGCUAGAGCGGUUAGGGAUCUCAAUAAUCUUUUACGCGCUUGUCCCACCAAUAAAGACCUAUUCACAGCGUAUCAAGACUUCUAUGAUAAUAUCAACUCAUACAAAUUCCGGAACUGA